CCCCUUCCCCCCUGAAAGUAAUAAUAUAAACAAAAAACAGACUCAUUCCUUCAUUCUUUCGUUCGCCCCCUUCUUGAUAGAAAGACGAUCAAAAAGAAGGGUUUUCGUCUUCAAAAAAUACGAGCGAACAAACGAUCGACAUAGAUCUGAUAUUCAAGAUUUGAUCCCCUUGUCGUGUAUUUAGACUGUCUACGUUGAAGCUAAACUGCUUGUCCUAGGUUUUUGAUGGAUGAUGACUGUACCGAUGGAUAAUACGUGUGCUUCCUCAUCAAGGGAGCUUGUCCAAAAUCUUUUCAGCAAGAAUGCUGAGUUGGAGAACAAGCGCCGCAAGUCCGCUCAAGCGAGACUCCCUUCGGAUCCUAGUGCAUGGCAACAGAUGCGUGAGAAUUAUGAAACUAUAAUCCUUGAAGACCAUGCGUUCUCUGAAAAACAUGAGAUAGAAUUUUUACUAUGGCAGUUGCACUAUCAACGAAUCGAGGAGUUGAGGGUGCAUUUAAAUGCUGCUCUAGCAUCUACAGGAUCAACGGCAUCUCCAGGUGGUAAAGGUGUCGCCCACCCUGAUCGGAUUAAGAAAGUACGUACCCAUUUGAAAACGUUUCUUUCAGAAGCAACCGGAUUCUAUCAUGACAUAAUAUUGAAAAUCCGAGCAAUGUAUGGACUACCCCUGGAUCAUUUCUCUGAGGACUCGGAAAAUCAUAUUAUUCUGGCAAAGAAUGAGAAGAGAUCUGCUGAGAUGAAAAAAGAAAUGCUUUCCUGCCACCGCUGUUUCAUAUACUUGGGGGACCUUGCGAGGUACAAAGGACUAUAUGGAGAGGGUGACUCCAAAACACGUGAUUUUGGAGCCGCUUCAAGUUACUAUUUACAAGCUGCUUCGCUCUGGCCUUCAAGUGGCAACCCACACCAUCAGCUUGCGAUAUUGGCUUCCUAUGUUGGAGACGAUUUUCUGUCUAUUUAUCGGUACUUUAGGAGUUUGGCGGUAAACAGCCCAUUUUCAACAGCAAGGGAUAACCUUAUAAUCGCAUUUGAAAAGAAUCGUCAGAGUUACUUGCAGCUGCCUGGGGAUGCCAAAGCCUCAUCGGUGAGGAACAUACCUGUUAGGAAGACAAGAAAAGGAAGAGGGAAAGCAGAGACAGUGAUGCAGCUUGAAGAUAGUAAAGUUGAUCCCCAUUCCAUGAAGGAAAGAAGAUGCAGCACUGCAGAGACGUUCAAAAACUUCUGUGUUCGAUUUGUACGGUUAAAUGGCAUUCUUUUCACUCGAACAAGCCUGGAAACAUUUGAGGAGGUCUUCUCUAUGGUUGGCAGCGAUCUCCAUGUUCUUCUUUCAUCAGGGCCAAAAGAUGAGCUGAAUUUUGGGUCAGAUGCUGCUGGCAAUGAAAUUUUCAUUGUUAGACUUGUUGUGGUUCUCAUAUUCACAGUUCAUAAUGUGAAGAGAGAGAGUGAUGGACAGUCAUAUGCUGAGAUUUUACAGCGUUCGGUUCUUCUCCAGAAUGCAUUUACUGCUGCCUUUGAUUUUGUCGCACACAUACUCCAGAGAUGUACACAGUUGACUGAUCCUUGUACGAGCUAUCUUUUACCUGGUAUUCUGGUUUUUGUUGAAUGGCUAGCAUGUAACCUGGAUAUUGCUGUUGGUAGUGAUUUGGAGGAGAAGCAAGCUUCAGCCAGAUCGUUAUUUUGGAGCCACUGUAUAGCUUUCAUGAACAAGCUAAUCUCUAGUGGGUCAAUCUCUACGGAUGAGGAUGGAGAUGAGAGCUUUUUUUUCAAUAUGAGCACGUAUAAUGAAGGAGAAACUGGGAACAGGCUUGCUUUGUGGGAGGAUUUUGAGCUGAGAGGAUUCUUACCUCUUCUUCCAGCUCAACUUAUUCUUGAUUUCUCGAAGAAGAUCUCUGCUGGUUGUGAUGGUGCCAAGGAGAAGAGAGCUCGUGUUCAGCGGGUUCUUGCCGCCGGAAGAGUUCUUCUGAAUAUAGUCAAGAUUGACCAAGAAGGAGUAUAUUUUGAUCAGAAGUCGAAAAAAUUUCUUAUCGGUGUUGAACCUCAAAUAUCUGAAGAUUUCAUGUGCACUGAUUUGACUGACAUGACUGAAUAUAACUGUACGAGGCAAGAAGAUCUAGUGGAGAAAAUAGUGAAACAACCAAUUGGGCAAGCUUAUUCAGAAGGUGAAGAUGAUGAUGAUGAUGAUGAUGAUGAUGAUGAUGAAGUGAUUGUUUUCAAGCCAGCUAUUGUUGAGAAACUUGUCGAUGUGGUAUCUCCAAAGUUAAUCUCCAAUCAGGUACUUCGGCCCAGUGAGAAUGGUGUAAGCACUGAAUGGCCAGAUUCUGCAGUACCCUUUUCUGCUCCUCCGAGUAAUGUCCACCUACAGAGUUCUUUGGACGUCAGUAACCAAACACUUUCUUCUUUCGCUAAAACUGUUGCUCCCCAGCAUCUCCCACCGACCUGUUUGGGCGCUGUAAUUUGGCCUGUGGAACAUCACAGUUGUCUUUCCAAUGGAAUGAAUAAUUUGAGAAUUGCUGGCAGUGGGGUGGUAGCGAAAGAAGAUGUACAACAAGGAUUUACUUCUUUUUACGGUCAGUUUGCGGGCGAUAUUCCCCAAUCUGUCAAGCUUGCGAUUGGCAGCCCUUGUAAUGGUGACUCUGAAGCUGUUGAAGCUGUUAUUCCAUCUAAAUAUGAUUCAAUAGUGUCUUCAGAAGAAAUUACUGCAAAUGUGUCGGUGAACUCAUCACUUCUCGUUCCUGUCGGUUCAAAAAAGAAUCCAGUGAGUCGACCUGUUAGACAUCUUGGUCCGCCACCUGGAUUCAGUCCGGUUCGUCCCAAGUCUACAACAGACAAUAUGAAGGUAGGGUCUGAGCUGAAGAAUGAAAUUUCCCCACCUGAUGAUUACACCUGGCUUGAUGGUUAUCAACUACCUUCCUCAAUCAAAGGCACUCUACCCAACUCGACCAAUAACAUGGGGAAUUUGUUCCCCAGUGUUAUCAGUGCCAGCAAUGGCUUGGGUAAUGCAGUUAGCUAUCCUUUUCCUGGGAAACUGGAUCCAACUAUGCUGGUCCAAACUGAAAAUUGGAAUGCCAAGCAGGAUUACUACCUGCAAGGACUGUACCAAGAGCAGCAUCAGCAGAUCCAGCAAGCAAGUCAUCUGUAUGCUCCUCAGCAGAAUCACCAAGGACAGUCCAUGUGGUCAGGCAAUUUCUUUGUGUGAAGUACGUAGGAACAGAUGUUUGAUGAAGUGAAGAGCCUCUGUUGGUGACCAGAACCACAGCCUGGUGCCUACUGAGUUCACUCUGCGUUCAAUGUCAUUACAUUUCAGAUCCCAGCAUUGGAUGACCAUGAAGCAGUGAUGCACCUCCCGAGAAGCAGCAUUUGUAGACCUUUUCCAGACGGAAUCAAAAAUUAUGUAUGGGUGGGGGAGUUCUACAAGGGUAACACCUUUAUUUGGUUGUACAAUCGAAGGUCUUAAGGUGAUGUGAUAUUGAGAGUGGUCGCUUUCUAGGGCCAUUCGUCGAGAACUUGAGCAAAGGCAACUAGCUAUUUUACCAAGUCUGGUUAAUAGUCACUUAUCUGUUUGAAAGAAGUUCUAUUAGUCAUUUUCUGUCUUUGGCCGCCGUUAUUAUCAAUAAUAGGAAGAUAUGUUUGUGCACUCGUCUGAAGUUUUCAGAGCGUGUCUGGAGUCAAGGGCGGUUGCUUGAUUGUGUUUGAGUAUAAUGCGUUACUCACAUUUCAAAUGACAUGGUAAAACAAUUAUGAAGUUUGUAGAGUGUGCUCCAGUUUGUUGCUUUUGUUGGAAUAAGGAUACCCUUGGUAUGGUUACGGGUUACACAAGUGAACUUGAAACUGGUUUGUGCUUGUUUUAUAAUUUUUGGUUAUGUUGACAAAGUUAUUAUAACACUAACACGUGGAAUUUCAAUACAGUGUUUGAUUUUGUUAAUGUCAUGUUUGAUACAUGCUAUUAUAACGUUUAAGUGAAGACCGUCAAGAUGA